UGUUGCGAUGCUCCCUGGGAGUUGUAGUUCCCCUGUCUCCCAUGUGUUUUCUUGUGGGGCCUGCCUGACGGGAAACCGAGUCCUUAGGCGCGCCUCGCCCUUGCCCGGACUACGCUUCCCGGGAUGCUUCAGACGCGCAGGCGUAGAUGCUUGCUUCCAAGCCCGUGAUAAACAGAGUGCCGCCGCCGAAGCAGGUUGACUGACUGGUUGUUCCCGCGCGGGAAGCUCCCUCUGAGGAGCGAGCAGGGCGGCUGGGCCGGCAGCAGGCACAGGCAGGACGCCUCGGUGGCUAGGCCCGCAGCCGGACUAGGCUAGCUCCUGCUCUUGGCGGCCUCCCUCCUGCGGAGGCGAGCUACAGCCAGGCAAGCAGGAGGUGGGCGGUACCACUGGGCGAAGAGGCGGGGGACGGCGUUGCGUCGUGAGGGGCACUUUGGGGCAUACCAUUCCUGAGCGGGGUGGAGAGCGCCGUGAGGAGAAGCGGCGGCGGCGGCAGCGGCGGUGAUGUGGCGGGUGAGGCGGCGGCGGUGGCGCUGCGGCUGCUGAGGGAGGCCGCGAGCGAGCGCGCGCCAAGGGAGGGGAGCGCCAUGGCCGAGCCGGCGGGGAGCCCUGCCGGGGCGGCGGAGACGUCUUCCUCGUCGCUGGCCUUGGACCCCGAGUUCCCCCCGCAGAGCCGCCCGCGCUCCUGCACUUGGCCGCUGCCCAGGCCCGAGGCGUCGGCUGGGGAGGCCGAGGCGGCGGCGGGGCCCGGAGGCGGCGGCGGCAGCGGCGGCCUGGGCAGCCCAGAGGAGCCCGCGGCGGCAGCGGGCUCCGGCGGCGGGGCGGGCCAGCGGAAGAGCAGCGGCUCCGGCUCGGGCUCUGGCGGGGCUCGGCGCAACGCCUGGGGCAGCCAGUCCUACGCCGACCUGAUCAGCCAGGCCAUCGAGAGCGCCCCGGAGAAGCGGCUGACGCUGGCGCAGAUCUACGAGUGGAUGGUCCGCUCCGUGCCUUACUUCCGCGACAAGGGGGACAGCAACAGCUCGGCCGGCUGGAAGAACUCCAUCCGACACAACCUUUCUCUUCAUAGCAAAUUCAUUAAAGUGCAUAAUGAAGCAACUGGAAAAAGCUCUUGGUGGAUGCUCAAUCCAGAAGGUGGCAAAAGUGGUAAAGCUCCAAGGAGGAGAGCAGCUUCCAUGGACAACAGCAGCAAGCUGGCAAAAGCCAGAGGGAAGGUCUCCAGGAAGAAGGCAGCAAUGCAGGUGACUUCAGAGCCUACCGCAGACAGUCCAGGCUCUCAGUAUCCAAAGUGGCCUGGCAGCCCCUCCUCAAGAAGCAAUGAGGACUCUGAUGUAUGGACCAGUAUUCGGCCUCGGACCAGUUCCAAUGCCAGCACCAUCAGCGUGAGGCUUUCUCCGAUUGAGCAGGAUGACCUUGCGGAUGAGGACCUCCUCCCCUCCCUUGUCUACUCCAGUGCUUCUAGCAAUGUCCCACCCACUGUGACAGAGGAGCUGGAACUCAUUGAUGGCCUGAACCUGAUGUCGCCCAGCUCCCUGCUGCCUGCCCCUCAGCCAGCUUCGAGUGGCCUGGCCCAGAGAAAUCCCAGCUUCCCCUUGCGGGCCCAGAGCUCAGCUGCUCAGGCACAGUCAUUCAGUAGCUCCCUCUUCAACCCUGUUGAUAUCUCGCUGCAUAGCUCUGCUGGCCACUUUUCUGGGCCACAGACACUGGAAGCCCUCCUGACCUCCAACUCACCACCACCCAGUGAUGUGUUGAUGACACAGGUGGAUCCAAUCCUGCCCCAGAGUGGAGGCAGGUUGAACAGUCAGACUUUUCUGCUCCUCGGGGAGCAGUCCUCCAAAACCAAGAUCAGCCCAGUUAAUCCGCUCAGAAAACCUUCCGAGUCACAGCUGGAGUCGGUUGCUACCAGUGCUUUGCCCUCUGCACUUUCCCUGGUGGCAUCUCCUCAGAAUACAGCUGGCCUGUCCACUUUGAAGGCAUCGGGUCCAGCACAGUCCGCCCAGGUGGCCCAACUGGGUACCCAGCCACCUAUGACUGCUGCCACUUUUGCCCCCUUUGGAGGGAAUCAGGACAGGUUGCCAAAUGAUUUGGACGUUGAUAUGUACAUGGAGAACCUUGAAUGUGAUGUGGAUUACAUAAUCAACACCGACCUCAUGGAUGGAGAAGGACUGGAUUUUAAUUUUGAACCCAUUCAGUCUGCUCCGAGCUAUCCCAGCACCUCACAGGCCUCCAACCACACUUGGGUACCCAGUUAACUUCAGGAUUGACAAAGUGCCCUUCUGGUUUUGGAGCUUUUGUACCGGCAGAAGUGUCUAGAACAUAAGGUGCACCUGGCGUCUGUCUUACUGCUCUCCAGGCCAGCUGGGAGGAAGGGGCAAACUGCGAUGGGAAAGAGGGAGAUCCUGUUAAGUGCCACAUAUCUUCCUGAAUCUACCAUAACCCCUGUGAGCCCCACCCAGGCUCUCCGUGCAGGAUCCUAAAGAAGAGUCCCAGGAAGUGCUCUACACAUGGCCAAAGACUGUUCCUGCCUUGCAGAAGCAUCCUCUGAAUUGAUGGGAUUUGGACCCAACUGCGAUGGGUCAGGCUGACAAGCUGCUUCGUACCAGCAUCAUCCCUCCACCUGAUGUCUGCCUCAACUAUCCUUUGACUUGGCACCCUAAGCCUUGAUGAAAGAAUGGAUGGGAAAACAGUCUGCAAGUUACAUGGCAUCCUGAGUUGAGAAGUCCUCUCCUUGUGCACUUUUCUUGUUCCUUUUCUGGUGGGAGCAAGCAGGGCACAGGGGAGGAAAAAGUGAUCUACCAGGUCCCUUCUGGAAGCUGAUGCCUGGCUUGCCCUGGUCUUGUGAAGGCCCCGCCUGUGCCAGUCAGUGGGUGGCACUUACCUGAAACUGUGACUGCCCCAAAGCAGACAAGCAGGUGCUAAAAGUUGUUGCUAAGAAACCAAAAUGACUUCUUCUGUGGGUUUGUUUCUGAGCUGUUCUGCCACAGCAGAGAAAUAGAAAACCCCCAUCUGGCCUUAACCAGAGCCCCAAUUGGUGUUCGGUAUUUUUUCUUCUUUUGUUUUUUAAUCCAGAAGGGCAUUUUCUACAGAUAAACUAUUUUGGAGGCUUUUAUUUUUUUUAAAUAAUCUGGGUGUGGGACAGGGCUUUCUAUGGUAGCCUUCAAACUAUUAUAAGUGUCUCCAUAUUGGGUGCCUUUCCCUCCCUUAGACAACACUAUGGCAGGCUGUGCUUUCCCCAAGCUUCCUUGAGAGCAGUGUGGCAUCUUUUGGGGUGCAUUGCUGCGGGAAGGAAGGGCACCAAGCCAGCCUUGUUCUUUGGAACUGAGGCAGGUUGAGGGAGUUGUAUAUUAUAGAUAAUUACCUGUAAAACUAGCUGCAGAUUAACUAGAAGCUUUUGUAAACCUUGGUGGGGGAUGUGUGGGGGGGAGACUAUAUAUUUUAUCAGAGAGCCCUAUUGGCUAAAACUGCAGACCCUUUUCUUGCAGCUUUAUACCUUUGAUACCAGACACAACACUAAAGCACAUGAGACUGCGGACAGGUCUGAAGAUGGGAUUAGGGGAAAGCCAGAGGGGCAGGGUGUGGGGGGAGGUGCAUGGGCAAAGCCCAGAAGCUCCCUCCCCCCACCAACCUUGUGCUCUCAGCAAUUAAUCAUGAAUUGCCCAAAGGAUGCAGACAUGCCCCUUCACUGAACAGCCCGCUUUUGCUCAGCAGCUGACAGCCUGGGGGUUGCUUGGUCUGCCUGGAGUUGGCUUUUGCUGCGUUUGGGCAGAACCGUGACUUGGGGUCAAAGAGUGCUUCAUCUGCAGGGGGAAAUUGCCGAAAAGAUCUGUCAGCUCCCUGGGGAUUGGAUUAUUUAGUGUGGCAGUAAUAGACAUCAAGGGGUAGGGAAGGGGGUAUUCUCCAGCAGUAUUGGCAGUUGUAGGCUAUCCUUUCUGCCUGAGGCAUGCUUGGAGUUUCACUCUCGCUCCUAGAGACAAGGAGAAGGCAAGGCCAUUUGCUGUCCAAAGGGGCAAGUAGCACAAGUUGCUUCUCCAGCUGGUGACUAGCACUUUUCCUUUAGGGGAUUCUACAGCCGCCUUGCAGCUAUCCGUUCCUUGUUGCUUCUGGGGAAGGUUGGUGGGGAUGUGUAAGACACCUGACAGUGUUGCCCGUGGAAGCAUAGCUCGCAGGGAGGGAGAGACUGCCCAGGCUUCACCUGCUUGCAGUGGUUGCCCCGGUUCACAGGACCAAGCUUUUGCUGUAGCCUGGCAUGGCCUUCAAGCACACUCACACACAGAGUUUGUGGCCCUAACCCUCUCGUGCCGCUCUGGGGGACUCUAGUGGCCUUGCCUUGGAACAGCGCUUGCACACUCCACCUGCCGGAGGUGUUCCCCACGGGGUUGUCCCUGGCCACUAGUCUCUGCCAGCCCUCUGCUGAGUCAGCUCCACAAGUAGGCGCUGUGGCCCUGCAGUGCACAAAGCUCCGGACGUGAGAUUUUUCUCAAGGCAAGCACCCAGACGGCUGCAUGGCGAGUGUGGCAGUCUGGGGGAGGGGAGUUGCAUUUUCCUGUGAUCUACCCUCGGUAGAGAGAUGGCUCUGAAUGUAAUAACCCCCACCCCCAGCAAGUUAACGGCAUUAAUUGUGAAUCAGGUUGCUCAAAGUAGUCUUACUUAGCAUGCUGGAGUGAAGGGCUAAAUGUGGAGGCCUUGGGCCAGGUCAAGGGAGAGGUGAGAGUCGCUAGGCUGUGGGCAUAUGCCUGGCACUUGGGUGUCCUGAUGGGCUGUGUUGUGAAGACAGCAGUGUGGGCAUCUGAAGCAGUAAGACUGUUCCCUCUGGUUUCAUACUUGCAGCUAAAGCAAACACGGACUUGAAAUCUGCAUUCCACACACAAAGGUGCAUUGAAAGAGCGAACAAUGUCGCUCCAUUCAGCUGCUCUGAUUCAAAGGACUAUUUAAGUGUAUGAAGGAUUAACUGAUCUGCAUUAAGUGAUCUUAAAUAGGCACCCAGAACCGCUUGCUGGUUCCCCUCCCCCUUUCCUUCCCCCACUUGAAUGCAAGGGCUGCUCUUGCCACAUGGUGGCAUUUCUGCCUUUGGUUCAUCAAAGAUGAAGGCAGCAGGCUGGGGGCAAGAUUGGGUUCUGGCAACGGACUGCGUUUCGUUAUCGGGCUUUUGCUAGGGCUUCUCAGCAGUUUGGCAUUCAGGAGCAGCUGGGGACUUGGUUACCUGCUAGGUCUGCAUGUGCUUCAGGGUGAGAUGUGGACUUCUUUGACACAGCAGGUGACCCUCUUAGGGCUGUGUUGUGGGGGGGGCGGCAGUGGAGUAAAGUUCAUGCAGUGUGUGUAUGCUUCCAGGAUUGGGCCUGGCCCUUCCAGACUGUGGAUAGGAGGGGCAGCCAGUUGGAACAGGUCCUGCCUUGUUUCGCCUGAAGAAUUUUUUUUUUUUUGCCUCUGCUGUAUUUAAGUUUUGCCCCUUGUAACAAUAGACUCUCUCCCCCAUUCCAGGGCUUUCCAGUGUCUCCCUCUGCUAGAGAGGCUGUGUGGAAUAUGCUAGAGGGCAAACUGUGAGAAAUAAAUCUUUGUAAUCCUC